CUUAGGAAUAGAACAAAGUCAGAUUAUCUUUACUAUUUGACGUAUCGGACUCGAUGGAGCGACAAUGACCAGUAUUCUCAUAUGAACAACUCGAUAUAUUACCAUCUCUUUGACUCAAUAGUCAACGACUACCUUAUCAAUCACUGUGGUAUCAACCCCGCAGAAUCGCCCCUUAUUGGAUUAGUUGUAUCUUCGGCCUGCCAGUUCUUCUCCCCGCUCUCCUUUCCCCAAGUGCUGGAGCUCGGUCUUCGGGUUAAUAGCCUCGGACGAAGCUCUGUCACGUAUGAAGUUGGUGUUUUCGAGGAAUCCAAGCCACACCCAGCCGCGGUCGGCGGCUAUACACAUGUUUUUGUCGAGUCGAAAUCGCAGAAGAGCGCUCCGAUAAACCAG